UACUUUUAUUACAUAAUUUUAUUUGUUAAAUUUAUCAAUUACAUUCUAUUUUUUACAUUUUAAUUAGAUCAAAAAUGGUAUAUGUGGGUAAUAAUAGACCUAUUUAUGAUACGCUAACAGAAGUGAAAAGAGUACCUACUCAAACUGGAAUUUUUGUAAAACCAAGACGUCCACCAAAUCCUUUCAGAUCAAAAAUAGAGCAUGUUGUUCCAGUUUUUGAUAAUGCUAUCAAUUCUGAAUAUUAUGCCAGUACAACUGCUAAACCUCAAGCUAAAUCUUCUACAUUUACUUCUAAUGAUUAUUAUUACAAUAUGAAUCCAACAAGUUUGUCGGGACUACGCGAUUUAAAUAAUUACUCUCAAUCUCAAAAUUAUAAUAUUCUUCAUCAACCGAAAAUGUCACUUAAUCAACCGCAUAUCCAAUUAUCAACAAUUCAUACAAGCAGUACAUCACGAAAUAAUCCAACAGAAUUUCCUGAAUUUGAUGGAACAUAUAAUGUUGCUAAUGGAUUUCAAUAUUAUCUGAAAAGACAAUAUCACGAAGAAGAACAAGAUUCAACUGGAAGUAAUAUCGGUUCUUUUGGUUAUAUCGAUCCAUUUGGUAUUAGAAGAGUAAUUUAUUAUAAAACUGACCCGCAAAGUGAUAGUUUUUAUCAUAAAAAAAAUAAUAAAUAUGUCGGAUUUGCGUCAACUCCUUAUGAUUUGUCACUGCAUAAUUUAUAUAGACGUAAUUUAAGAUCUGUAAAUUAAUAUACUUUUUCUGAAUUCAUUUUAUGAUAAAUUUGGAAUUUUUGUUUCAUAUAAUUGGAUUAAUUAUUAUUUAUGACUAAAAUUUGUUUUGACAUUCUUUUUUUUUUCAUAUGUUAAUAGUAACAAAACAAAAAGAAAUUGUACAAACUUUUAUUAUAAUAUACAUUAAAUAAGAUAAAUGUUGAUAAUGCAUUUUAAUUUUAAAAAUAUAUCAAAGACAAAGAUUUGUUUUUUUUUUUCUAUGAAACUAAAAAAGGAAGAAAUUAACAUAUCAUAUAUAAAUAAAUAUGAUGCAAAUUUAAUUUGAAAUUAUUGUAAAAAGAAAAAUAAAAGAAGAAAAUUGAUGAUUCGAAAAGAAUGAGUUUUCUUAAAGAAGAAUAUAAUCACACUUAUGAAAAAAAAUAAAUAAUAAAUUU